UGGGGUGGACGCGGCGCAGGGGCUGGGCUGCCGCGUCCCUCGGUGCAGCCUGCGUCCUCUCCUGCCCCUGGCGGAGUAGCGGCUUGGGGCUGAGGGCCGGCGGCCGGCGUGAUGGAGAGCCGCAGAAUGAACCUGCCCACCGGGCCGGACACGCUGUGCUUCGACAAGGACGAGUUCAUGAAGGAGGAUUUUGACGUGGACCACUUCGUGUCUGACUGCAGGAAGCGGGUGCAGCUGGAGGAGCUGAGAGCCGACCUAGAGCUGUACUACAAGCUGCUCAAGACAGCCAUGGUGGAGCUCAUCAACAGGGACUACGCGGACUUCGUCAACCUGUCCACAAACCUGGUCGGCAUGGACAGAGCCCUCAAUCAGCUUUCUGUGCCUUUGGGACAAUUAAGAGAAGAGGUUCUGAGUCUUAGGUCAUCUGUCAGUGAAGGGAUUUUGGCAGUAGAUGAGCGGAUGUCUAAGCAAGAGGACAUCAGGAAGAAAAAGAUGAGUGUGUUGAGGCUUAUACAAGUUAUUCGAUCAGUUGAGAAAAUAGAAAAAAUCUUAAACUCUCCAAGUUCUGGAGAUGCAUCUUCACUGGAAGCAAGCAGCCCACUCCUGACUGGACAGGUUUUGGAGAGAAUUGCCACAGAAUUUAACCAGCUGCAGUUCCAUGCUGUGCAAAGCAAAGGCAUGCCCCUUUUGGACAAAGUGAGACCCCGCAUAGUUGGCAUCACAGCCAUGUUGCAGCAGUCUCUGGAAGGCCUCCUGCUGGAAGGCUUGCAGACCUCAAAUGUGGACAUCAUCCGGCACUGUUUGCGCACCUACGCCACCAUUGACAAGACACGGGAUGCGGAAGCGCUAGUUGGCCAAAUUCUGGUGAAGCCGUACAUCGAUGAGGUGAUCGUUGAGCAGUUUGUUGAGUCUCAUCCCAGUGGCCUUCAGCUCAUGUACAACAAGCUCCUGGAAUUUGUCCCUCACCACUGCCGCCUUCUCCGGGAAGUCACAGGAGGAGCUGUGUCAAGUGAGAAAGGCACUGUCGUCCCUGGCUAUGAUUUCCUGGUGAAUUCAGUGUGGCCAGAAAUAGUCCGAGGACUCGAAGAGAAGCUGCCGUCGCUCUUCAACCCUGGGGACCCCGAUGCCUUUCACCAGAAAUACACUGUAAGCAUGGAUUUUGUGCAGAAGUUUGAGCGGCAGUGUGGAUCCCAGGCCAGUGUGAAGCGACUGCGAGCACACCCGGCCUACCGCAGCUUCAGCCAUAAGUGGAACUUGCCUGUUUAUUUUCAGAUCAGGUUUAGAGAAGUGGCCGGAUCCCUAGAAGCAUCACUCGCAGCCGGGCUAGAAGACGCCCCAGCUGGAAGUCCGUAUUGCCUUUUGGCUUCUCACACGACAUGGAGCAGCCUGGAGAGAUGCUGGUCCGCAGAGAUGUUCCUGCCUUUGCUGGCACACCGUCUGUGGAGGCUCACGCUGCAGACCCUGGCCCGAUUCUCCGUGUUUAUCAGCGAGCUUUCUGGCAGGCCCAUCUCUAAUGAAAGCAUGAAGGAGACUAAAAAACCUUUGGCUGGCAGCAAAGAGCCUUCCGAAGACCCAGGCAGCCAUCCUCCAGCACUGGUGGCGGCGGCGGCAGCAGCGGCAGCAGCAACAUCCAUUUCCAGUACUCAGCUGGUGUGUGUGGUCUCAGACCUGGACAGGCUUCAGGAAUGGCUUCCAGAACUCCUGGAGACAGUCAAGCCCAAACUGGAAAUGAUCGGCUUUAAGAACUUUUCAUCUAUCUCAGCGGCCCUGGAGGACUCCCAAAGUGCCUUGUCUGCCCAUGUGCCGGCUCUGAGCAGCAGGAUUGUCCAGGACCUGAGUGAGUCUUGCUUCAGUUAUCUGAAGAGUGCCCUGGAGAUCCCCAGGCUUUACCGCAGGACCAAUAAGGAGGUCCCCAGCACGGCCUCUUCUUAUGUGGACAGUGCACUGAAGCCAUUUUACCAGCUUCAGCAGGGUCAUGGGGACAAGGUGAAGCCAGCUAUGAUGCAGUGCUGGCUGCAGGAAGCUCUGUCUGAGAGCACACACAGGUACUUUGAAACUGUGUCAGAUGUGCUGAACUCAGUGAAGAAGAUGGAGGAAAGCCUGAAGCGCCUCAAACAAGCCAGGAGAUCCCCUGCCAACAACCCUGUCAGCUCCAGCGGUGGCAUGAGUGAUGACGACAAGAUCCGACUACAGCUGGCCCUGGAUGUGGAGUACUUGGGAGAGCAGAUUCAAAAGAUGGGCUUGCAGACCAGUGACAUCAAGAGCUUCCCGGCCCUGGCAGAGCUCGUCCUUGCUGCCAGGGACCAGGCGACUGCAGAGCAGCCCUAGGCACCCUGGCAGGACCUGGAGAGGGUACACUUGUCCUGAGUCGCCAGCAACAGCCUGUACCUUGCCCAGUGUGUGUGGCCAUCUUUCACCCAGGAAGAGCCAAAGCCUUUCCAUUGUAUGGAAGAUAGAUUUUAUGACACUUGAAGCUUUUUACUAUAGUUUACAAAGCAAGUUGUCUCAUUUUAUUGUAAAUCUUAGUGUAGACAAGCCGAUUUCUACGAGAGGGUUAAAGUAAAAACACAAGGGUGGCUGUCCGGCUGUCCUGGCCCUGCCAGCGGAAGCGCUGGGCAGCGUGCACAAACAGUGCAGAAACUGUCUCCAACCCUGGAGACACUGUCAGGCCCACGCGCAUAAGAACAGCACUUCUGACCCUGCCGUCCACACCUCUGUCAGGAGCCAGAGAUGGCAGUCAAGAUUCCUUUCCUAAAUAAAGGAAGUAUCUACUGCAAA